AUGGAGAAGAAUUUCAUUAUUCUACUUUUCUGUUGCUUUAUUCAUUUUGCUUCUGCUCAACUGCGAGUUGGUUUCUACAGCUCUACCUGUCCACGAGCAGAACCAAUUAUUCAACAAUUGGUGCAGAAGCGGUUUGGCACUGAUCGAUCCAUUACUGCAGCAUUGCUUCGAAUGCAUUUUCACGACUGUUUUGUCAGGGGUUGUGAUGCAUCGAUACUUAUCGAUUCAACCAAGUCCACAUCUUCAGAGAAGGAUGCAGGACCAAACCUGACAGUGCGAGGAUACGAGCUCAUUGAUGAGAUAAAAAAGGCUCUCGAAGCUGCCUGCCCCUCCACCGUCUCCUGUUCAGAUAUCAUAACAGUGGCAACACGAGAUGCGGUUGCCUUAGCCGGAGGACCUCGUUACAAUGUACCAACUGGAAGGAGGGAUGGCCUCGUCUCCGACUCAGCAGAGGUGAAUUUACCAGGCCCCUCAUUGUCUGUGCCAGAAGCACUCCCAUUUUUCAGAGCAAAGGGGCUCACUUUGAAUGACAUGGUCACCCUUUUGGGAGCACACACAGUUGGAGUUGCACACUGUGGCUUCUUUCAAGACCGGCUUUCAAAUUUUCAGGGCUCCGGAACGCCUGAUCAGACGAUGGAUUCCGCGCUGGCUGCUAGACUCUUGAGGACUUGUGGAACAGCAUCAAGGCCGUUGAACAGGGGUCCAACGGUGUUCUUGGAUCAAAACACAUCAUUUAUAUUUGAUAAUCAGUUCUACAAUCAAUUACGCUCCAAGAAAGGAAUUCUGCAGAUUGAUCAGCAGCUCGCACUGGAUAGAUCCAGUGCACCAAUUGUAUCCAGUUUUGCAUCCAAUCCAAGUGCAUUUCAGCAGAAUUUUGCAAAUGCAAUGAUCAAGAUGGCCAAUAUUCAAGUUCUUGUGGGAAAAGCAGGAGAAAUUAGGAAAAAUUGUAGAAUUUUCAAUCCAAAGUCUCGUAAAGGUUUUUAA